GUUGUUCUUAUCUUGGACUCGAUAGGAGCACAGAAGGAGAACAAAAAACGACCAAGCUAUGUGCAAUAGUAGGCCCUGCAAAUGUGAUAAGACUGAAGCCGUCGGUCGCGCAACGCCUACUGUUUCGGGUCGUGCUCGGAUCUAAUCACGGCCAGCAGAAGCUCGCCUAAUUUGAGCGGAGUAACAUCGAAGUCAAAUUUUUUAUUUUAAUUUUGGUUUUUUAUCUCUUUAUUUUGAUAAGUAUUGCACAAAAAUGUCCACCACAACCACUAAGGUCAAGUUUAACAAAUCCUCGUGCUACUACUGCAACGAAUGGUUCGAAAACAGCGACAUCGAGUCCCACAUAGCCGACUGCGGUCAGAUACUGGCCAAGUGCUCCAACGGGUGCGGAGUGUACGUCGCCCUAAAGGACAUGGACCGACACCUGAACCGGUGUCCGGCGGGAUUCGGCGAAGUGGUGGCCGCCCAACAGCAGGACACAACCGGUGACAAGAUCCGCGAACUGGAGCUGGAAAUUGUCGGACUGAGGGCAACGCUGAACGAGGAGAUCCGGCAGCGGUUGGCGCUCAUUACGGAUUUGGGCCAGCUGAAGAAGCGUACGCAGCUGGGCGACGAGUGGACGGCUAAGGUGGGCGAUGUGCUGAACGCGCUGAAGAAGUGUAUCAAUGAGGAGACGGAUAGCCGGUGUGUCGACGUGGAGCGGUGCAAGUUGGACAUUAAUCGGUUGAUGAGGGAGUACGAGAGGAUCGAGGCGUGGCGUUUGGAGCUGACGACGAGGUUCAAUCGGGUGGAGGGAAUGGCGGGAAAGGAGGGGGAAGAGAAACCGAAGGACGCGAAGUUGGUGAUGGUUGAGAGUCGGUUGAAUUAUCUGCAGACGGAGGUGGAGAAUUUGAAGGAGAGGCAGAAGCGAGAUGGUGGGGAAGGGUUGCAGCAACCGGUGGGUGAGAUGUUGAAGAGGAAGAGUGAGGCGGCGAUUGAGGAGUUGGAGAGUAAGAUGCAGACGGUGGAUAUGGUGCUGGAGGAUCAUCACAACUCGAUCAAGAUUUUUCAGGACGAGGUCCGGAAGCAGAUGUUUGAACUGCGGGGUGAGAUAGAUCCGAUGCGUUUGGUGAUCCAGGAACAGUUGGACAAGCAAGCCAAGCUGGACUACGAGCUGAAGGGUGUGUUGAACACUGUGAAUGAAACGGAGGACGUCAGCGAGAAGUUGCAGAAAACGUUGGAGAAGUAUCGGAGGGAAACUUACUACACGAAGCAGAGCUUGGAUGAUUUGCAGGUGCACCUGCAGCAUCAGGAGAAGCUGGUGGUGAUUCAGAACACGGAAGGGCACCUCAUUUGGCGGAUCGAUCAGUUUGACAAACGUUUCAAGGAGUCCCAGCAGAGCGAGUUCAUGCUGAAGAGCCCAAUGUUCAGCAAUCGGCCAUUUGGAUACACGUUGAGGUUGGAGGCGAGUCUCAAUGGAAUCGGAACGUGGCGCGGUCGCAAUAUGAUCGUCGGGUUGGUCGUGGUCAAUGGAUUCUACGACAAUCUGCUGGAGUGGCCGUGCGUUCUGAGUGGGACGAUUACGCUGAGGGAUCAGCCGAAGGACGGCUCCAAGCCAAAGGUGGACUACUCCCGGUCGAUUGUGGCUCGACGGAAGCACCAGAGCAACGACAAGAAUCAGAACAUCCACAUUCCGCAUCAGGUGCUGCGGUCCGAGCACUACAUCCGGGACGACGCCGUUUUCCUGGAGGUUCGGAUCGAUCAACAGUAGGCGGUGCUUGAAUGGGAUGUUUUUGUUUUUAUUUAUGCUCAUAAGUAAAGAGUGUUCGUGAUUUGUUUUUAGUUUAGUGUGUAUGUGUCAAAUUGUGUUUGUAUUUUAAAAUUUGAAAUAUUUCAACUUUCAAGAUAGUUUUUUUUUUAAUUUUAAGAGUAAUAGUUUGAUCCUUCUUCGAUAAACUGUAGGUGGAUUGAUUCUCUAUGGGAGAUAGUAGCUGCAUCGUGUUUUUGUUUCAUUUUUACUUGGUGUUUACAUUCAUGUUUAGGGUGUAGAGUUGUUGGUAGAGAAAAUAAAGCUUUAGAGUUGUAUAAGAUUCAUCGCAACGUUUUCAAAAACUUACCUGGAAAUAUGAAAAUAUGCGGAGCGAAUAAGAGUGUCGAACAAAAAUCGAAUAGUAUAGAAAAUCUGAAGCUGCUUUAACAUUGUUUAAAAUCUGUUUACAUUAGCGCCUCGCUGUCAGUUUGACGUCUGUCAAUUUGACAGCUGUCAGCUAUCCUAAUAUUAGAAUAAAAUACAUUCUCUUUAAAUAUGCGGUAACAA